GUCCCCACUUCAUGCUUCUCUUAUUUAUUGUCCAUUCAUAAUUUCUUUCUUUUCACAUGUUCCUCUCUCAUAUAUAUUAUAUCUUAUUUCUUCAUAACAUUAAUUCAUCUCCAUACCAUACUUAUAUACCAUAUCUUUCAUCCAUCAACACCAACAACUAGAAAUUGAAAAUGGUUUUUAAUCCUCUCCUCCGACUACUGCCCUCUUCUCUUUUUCUUUUGCUGCUGAUGCUCUGUUCUUGCGACCCUUCAUCCGGUGGGAACGACGCCGCAGACCUCAUAUACUCUCAAUGCCUCAAAGUUCCCGUGUCGGAGUUCAUGGGUUCCGUCAAGUCCACCAUCGACGCCGUUCAAGAUGUUACCUCCGUCGUGUCGCAAUUCGGUGACGUUUUUGGGGAUUUCCGGCUGUCCAAUGCAGUCUCCGACUGCCUUGAUCUUCUUGAUUUCUCAUCCGAGGAGCUAAGCUGGACUCUCGAUGCUUCUCAGAAUUCCAAUCAAGGAAAGGGAAAAGGCAACGGCACAGGAAAUCUAAGUUCAGAUUUGAGGACAUGGUUGAGUGGAGCCCUCGUGAAUCAAGAUACAUGCAUAGACGGAUUUGAAGGCACCAAUAGUUUUAUAAAACCCAUCAUUGUCGGUGGUCUCAGUCAAAUCUCAUCCUUACUCCUUCAAAUCCUCGGCCAAGUUCACGAAAUCAGUACUAAUCCUAAGUCGACUUCUACUAGUAAUGCCGGCACCCGCCCCGGGGAAAGGAAAUUGACAGGGAAUUUUCAUCAUGACCAAAUCCGCCAUUUCCCUACUUGGUUAACCAGGACAGACAGGAGGAGGCUUCUCCAGUCCACCGGCCUUUCAGCCGACGCCGUCGUCGCAACAGACGGCUCCGGGAAUUUUAACACCAUUGCCGAUGCCGUAGCCGCCGCACCUGCACUCAGCACGCAACGCUUUGUCAUCUACGUUAAAAAGGGAGUGUACAAUGAGUACGUGGAGAUUAGUAAGAAGAAAUGGAAUAUCAUGAUGAUUGGAGACGGAAUCGAUGCCACCAUUAUUUCCGGUAAUCGGAGUUUCAUCGGCGGUUGGACAACAUAUAGAUCUGCCACAUUCGCUGUUAAAGGAAGAGGAUUCAUAGCACGAGAUAUCACGUUUGAGAACACAGCCGGACCUGAGAUGCACCAAGCCGUCGCAUUCCGUUCAGACUCCGACUUAUCGGUUCUAUUCCGAUGCAGCUUUAGGGGUUAUCAGGACACCCUUUACGCCCACUCGAUGCGACAAUUUUAUCGCGAGUGCCGAAUUUCAGGCACCGUGGAUUUCAUCUUCGGCGACGGGACUGUCGUCUUCCAGAGCUGCCAAAUUCUUGCCCGAAAAGGGCUGCCGAAUCAAAAGAACACCAUAACCGCUCAAGGCAGGAAGGACCCAACUGAACCAACGGGGUUUUCAAUCCAAUUCUCCAACAUAUCGGCAGAACCCGAAUUGAUGGCGUCCCUUAACAACACCCAGACUUAUUUGGGGCGGCCAUGGAAAUUGUACUCGAGGACGAUGAUCAUGCAAUCGUACAUAAGUCCGGCGAUUAGGCCGGAGGGGUGGCUGGAGUGGAACGGGGAUUUCGCCCUGGACACGCUCUGGUACGGAGAGUACAUGAAUUACGGGCCGUCGGCGGGUCUGGGAGGGCGCAUAAAGUGGCCUGGAUUUCAUGGGUUGAAUGAUUCUUCGCAGGCGAGUAAUUUCACGGUGGCGCAGUUCAUAUUGGGAAACUCUUGGUUGCCUUCUACAGGUGUCAAGUACACAGCCGGAUUUGCACUUUAAUUAUGAAUGAAUGAAUGAAUGAAUGAAUGAAUAUUCCGACCGGACAAAAGAGUUAGAAGAUUGAUGUAACGUUCUAGUUAAUUAAUUCAUCUUCUUAUGGUCCAUUCCAUGCAUGUUGUUGUUUGGUAUCAUGAAUGUGGAGGUAAUUAAGUAAUUAAGAUCAAACCUAUUAUAAAUAAAUCCGCCACCAUAUUUAUUUGUAAUGUACGAGUGAAGCCCAUAAUUCAUAAUUAUUCAA